AUUUGUACAUAUACAGGUAGUCUCACAAUAAAUAUAGUAUACGUCGGCUAAUGUAAACUACGUGGCACUGACUUGAAACAUAUUUUGAUCUUCUGUUUAUCAGUAGCUUGCAGAGAGUAUAGUUUUAUUGUCAUCAGUGGAGCUGUGUUAGAUCGUUACAAGAUGAUAACCAGAUUGAUUCUCUCUGGUUGUAUAUUCUUACAAUUUAUAUCAUUUAACAGAACAAUGGCUAACAACAGUACAGCUUGCUAUGGUACACCAGGUAUAGGAUGUACUAAACAUAAACUUAUCUGUAGACAACCAUUGGUUAUAUCAAUAACUAAUAUAACGUUUGGAUAUAGACAAGGAUGUAGUAUUUUUGGUGUAUCUAACUGUGGUAAUACAACAUGUUGUAGAGAACAACCUGGAGAUUGUUUUACAUCUUACAACCAGACUCUUCUAUUACAACAACAACAAACCUGUAAUGGUAGAUCAACUUGUACUCUUAAUAGAAAUAAUGGCUUGAAUGAAAUAUCUCCAGAUUGUGAUUUUAGUUUUAGAUCUCAUUCUUACAGCAAGAUAGAAUAUCAGUGUGUAACAAACGCGAGUUUAUCAACCAAUCAUACAUCAUCAGUGGCUGAUUCCACUAUUUCAUCUACAGUAAUAGAUGUUCAAGAUACAACUACCAGUACCAGUAUACAGAUUCAAGAAUCAACACCAGAUGAUGAAGCAACAUGUAUUAAUGGUGAGGUUUUACAGUCAGAUAAAGGAAUAGUUGUUAUUAUUGGUGGAGUUUUAGGUACAGCUUUAAUAAUCAGCAUUUCAAUCAACAUUCUCUUCGUGAUAUACUUUAACAGAAGACUGAAGAUACUGAAGCACGAAUCAGACGUCCAUCUAAGUGAACACCAACAUUACUCCACGCCAAGUAGGGGAGGAGAUGCUACUAGUGUUGUUUACGAUUCAUUGAACGCUAAUGAAGGUCAACGAUCAAGUACUAUAGCCAAUGUACAGAUACAAAGUACUAACGACAGUCCACAAUUGACGUCUGGUAAUGGCGAGACUCAAACUGAACAAAACAACCGGGAUUAUGACCAUCAAUAUGACUCAACUACUGGACGUGGACCAGUAGCUGUUUAUGAUUCAUUAAAUACAAGAGAACAGACUGGUUAUUAUAAUAUGGGUAAUAUCAACACAACUGGUACAUAAAACGAUGUCUAAUACACACAAAUUUUAUUAGUGGUAUACUUAAACAUGUACAUUAUAUAUCUAAGACACGCCCCCUUAAACUUAAAAUCGCAAUAAACUGAAUGCAGUUUAAUUUUUAAAAACAACUGUAGUCGAUAUAGCACGGGCGUAUUAGCGACAAAAAUAGUAUCUAAACUUGCGAGGUUUCAUUGUAAAAAUAUUGUAUCAUCACAUAUCUGUUUUACCAUCCAUAACCACACAUAUUUAUCUAGUGAAAUCCAGAUAACAUUAUGUUUUUGUAUUUAAUAACUCUGACUAUGAAUGUCCUUUAUAAGCGUAUAUAUUAAUCAAAAAGAGUAUUGUAAAGUAUUGUAAUAAAAUAGUGUAUAAAUG